GAAUCAGUUAUUUAGAUGCUGAGCUCGGGCAGUAUGGUCUCCCACAGCAAGGCCCGGCUUUCGGAUGGAGUUUCAAAGCGGCGCUUUAAAUAGAAACGCGUCACUGCGAACGGAAUCCGGCCGGUUCCGACGCUCUCCGCCCGAACGGGCGCGAAGGAAGCGCUGCAAAGAAGCGUGUGAAGCGGCGGAAACGGGGAGGCGGAUGUGAAGCGGUCCGGCCGCAUAAAUAAGAUAUGAGCGCGUCGGUGCGUCCCACCUGGCAGCAUCACGGCUAAGUGGACGGAACCGUGCGGGGAGCCGGGUUCCGCACGGGACGGGAAUAGCGAUAAGCGACGGCUUUCAGGGAGCCGCGCGCGGGCUCGCGAGCAGCGGAUCCGCCGGGCUUUUGCAGCCGAUGAAGGGGCGAUGGUGCCUGGGCGUGUGGAGGUCCGUCGACCGUGAACAGGCGACGCGCCGUGGGAAUAGUUCGCGGCGAACGGGCGCUGGUGAACUACGCUAAAACACUCGAGGAGGUGUCCAACCUCCCUCCACCCCUGCCCUCCCUGUGGAGCGUGGGGCUGCCCUGUCAUCACUCCCUCCUCCCUGCACAGACGAGUGGAAGGAUUACCGGAUUGCCUCUCAUUCUCGCCUGUCUCUCACCUCCACCUCUAUUCCCCUUUUUUCCAUAAUGGAUCCCUGGAUGAUUUAUAGAGCACUUUAGUGCCCACAAGUGAGACUCUGCUCUGCUGCUGUUGGUCAAAAUGGACGAGUAUCACAGGAUGUUGGGAAGGAUGAGCGAUGAAGCGGCAUCAAGAUACUAGGAGAACCCGGGAGGCCUGACGGGUUUCUCCUGCAGAACUGCAACACCGGGACCAAAAAUGUGCAGCGAGGAAGCAAAAGUCCAGAGUCCUUCAGCUGCUUUCUAACCUCCUCCUGCAGUCGCUGCUCAUCAUUGCAUCUGUGCUUCUCUGUUCCUCACUGUGUGAUGGUGACACCUUCAUCCUGAAGCUUCCUUUCCCUCCUUUUUCCCCCUCACGUCUCGGUUUUCUGCCUCUGUCCUACCUGGCCUUCACCAUUCGCCCCUCUCUCACAACAGCUGUCCUCCCCCCUCGCCCCCGCCCCCAGUCAUCCUCCCCCGCUCCCUCCCCUUCCUCCCCCCUUUCCUCCCCCCACCACCACCACCACCACCACCAUCCUCACCACCAUCACCCUCACCCGCUCUCCUCCUCCCCACCUCCUCGCUUUUCACCCCCCCACUACUCCGUUGCCUCGCCCCCUCCCGUUGCCAUGGCGACAGCCGCCACGGCAGCGUCUUCCUCCUCGCCCCCGUCGGCCAACGGCAGCGCCCGGGAGCACUUGCUGGCGGUGCGCCGGCGUGCCUCCCACACCCGGCCGUACACCAUUGGGCCUGACAGCCUGCACAGCAUGUUGGCGCAGGGCGCCGGCGGGCCCUCGCCCUCUGGCGCCUCCUCCUCCUCCUCAGUAGUGUCGCCAGGGCCGCCGCCGCCAGAAGCGGCAGAGGUGGGGCUCCAGCGGGCCAACAGUGACACAGACCUGGUGACGUCGGACAGCCGCUCAUCGCUCACGGCGUCUACAUACCAGCUGACUCUAGGUCACAGCCACCUGGUUAUUUCCUGGGACAUCAAGGAGGAAGUAGAUGCCACCGACUGGAUCGGCCUUUACCACAUUGAUGAGACAUGCGUGGCCAACGUGUGGGAGUCCAAGAACCGUGGCGUGAACGGCACUCAGAGAGGACAGAUCGUGUGGAGGCUGGAGCCCGGUCCCUACUUCAUGGAGCCGGAAACUAAGAUCUGCUUUAAAUACUAUCACGGCAUCAGUGGAUCGUUAAGAGCAACAACACCGUGCAUCACUGUCAAGAACCCUGGGGUCGUGGUGGGCAGUGAAGGCCAAGUGGAGGACCAAUCAGGGAAUGGGCACUGUCGCAAGCUCGUCAGCUUCACCCUAUCAGACAUCCGGGCCGUGGGUCUGAAGAAAGGCAUGUUCUUCAACCCAGACCCCUACCUGAAGAUGUCCAUCCAGCCGGGCAAGAGGAGCGGGCUCCCCAAGUUCACCCACCACGGGCAGGAGAGGCGCUCCUCCAUCGUAUCCAACACCACCAACCCUGUGUGGCACGGGGAGAAGUACACCUUUGUCGCUCUCAUGACCGACGUGUUGGAGAUUGAAGUCAAAGAUAAAUUCGCCAAGAGCCGCCCGAUCAUCAAGCGCUUUCUGGGUCAGCUGAUCAUCCCUGUGCAGAGACUUCUGGAGAGGCCGACGGCUGACGAUCAGCCAGUUAGCUACAGCCUGUGUCGACACCUUCCAACGGACAACGUGAGUGGGCAGCUUCUGUUCAGAGUGGACAUCACCUCCAGUGGGCACGAAGAAGCCUCUCCAGAUGCAGUGGGAACCAUACUUGGCAGCGCAGUGAACGGUGACCCCGGCAGCCCCUCCGACGACGAGGACCUCCCUCAGCCCUCCUCAUCAUCACGCGUCACAUGUGGACUUUCCCCCACAGGCUCGGACGAGGGCUCCCUCCUCGUUAAUGGCGCUUGUUACUAUGGAGACGACAGCGUGUGGCACGAGCCCGGCCUAGCAGGGGAGGAGGACCUUCUCCCGGUGGCUCUGGGCGGACACGCGCAUCGGCAGGUGUCGCUAAACGACUACCUGGAUGCCAUCGAGGCUCCCGUCAGCCCUGCUGAGCGGCCUCUCGCGGGGCCGUCUCCCAAACUCCGCUCCAGCUUUCCAACAGACACGCGGCUCAACGCCAUGCUUCACAUAGACUCCGAUGAGGACGAGGAGACGGCGGUGCAGCAGAGCGCGGACUUGGCUUCAAAGAGACCGGGUGCUUCUGGGUCUCGACAGGGGAAUGAGGACCCUAAAAGAGAGCCACAGACUCAGAGUGGUUCAGAAGCAGGUCCGUCUUCUGGUGCUAAGCCCUUAACUGAGCCUACAGGGACUAAAAUUGGAUGGGCAGAAGGCGCAGCUGGAGUUCAAACGCAGUCAGAUGCACCGGCAGCUACUGGAGAGGCUGUUAGUGCAUCGGCUGAGGUGGUGCUCGUCGCAGGAGAAGCCCCCUCAGCCUCAGGGGCAGAGGGGGCCGUUGGUCCGGCGGAGUCUGCCAGUGAGUGUACCUGCCUGGAGCACAGCAGCAGGGCGGAUGCGAGCCAGGAGGCUCCGCGUGGACCCCUGUCCCCCAUUCAGGAGGUGGAGACGAGGAAAGAGGUGGCCCCGAAGGCAGAGGAGGAAGGAGCGGAGUCGUCAAGCAGCGAGGCGAACGGGCCGGUAGCAACAGCCACUCCCAGCAGCACCAGCACAGCGAACCAGCGAGGAGCAAGCGUGUGUGAAGCAGGUGCCACUGCUCAGGUCCUUUGCCACCAGUCGCUUCGCUCACUGCCGUCUGUUCGCCAUGACAUUAGUCGUUACCAGAGAGUGGACGAGCCACUGCCACCUAACUGGGAGGCUCGCAUCGACAGCCACGGUCGCAUCUUUUACGUGGAUCACGUGAACAGAACCACAACGUGGCAGCGGCCCACUGCUCCUCCUGCCCCUCCGACCCUGCAGAGGUCCAACUCCAUUCAGCAGAUGGAGCAGCUGAACCGCAGGUACCAGAGUAUACGGAGAACAAUAACCAAUGACAGCCGACCAGAGGAGCAGCCGGCCAAUGAGCUUCCAGCAGAUGAGACUGACUUGCAAACCUCCACCCCUGAGCUGCGCAGGGACAACAGUGCGGCUCAGUCCAGUUCCAGGUCUCGCCUCAGUCUGCUGCUUCAGUCUCCCAGUGCCAGGUUCCUCACUAGCCCGGACUUCUUCACUGUGCUGCAUUCCAACCCUAGUGCCUACCGCAUGUUCAGCACCAACACGUGUCUGAAGCACAUGAUCAGUAAGGUUCGUCGGGAUACUCACCACUUCGAACGCUACCAGCACAACAGAGACCUGGUAGCGUUCCUCAACAUGUUCGCCAACAAGCAGCUGGAGCUGCCCAGGGGCUGGGAGAUGAAGCACGACCACACCGGCAAGCCUUUCUUCGUGGACCACAACUGCCGGGCCACCACCUUCAUCGACCCCCGGCUCCCUCUCCAGAGUUCUCGGCCCCCGAGUCUCCUAGCUCACCGCCAGCACCUAACACGGCAGCGCAGCCACAGCGCGGGGGAGGUGAGCCCACGGCGGCUGGUGGGUGAAGACCCCCGUCACACCGGCCCACCCGUCCUGCCACGGCCUUCCAGUACUUUUACGUCUGCCAGCAGGGGGCAGUGCCAAGAUGUCGUGCCAGUGGCCUACAAUGAAAAGAUUGUGGCAUUUCUACGACAACCAAACAUCUUUGAAAUUUUACAGGAAAGACAGGCUGACUUUAGCCGGAACCACUCACUCAGGGAGAAGGUGCAGCUGAUCCGCACAGAUGGAGCUUCGGGACUGGCCAGACUGUCAGGAGACGCAGACGUCGUCAUGCUGCUAAGUCUAUUUGAAGAUGAAGUCAUGUCCUAUGUGCCUCCUCACAACCUACUUCACCCCAGCUACUGUCAGUCACCCCGCGGAUCCCCCGUCUCGUCCCCACAGAACUCACCUGGGACACAAAGAGCUAAUGCCAGAGCUCCAGCCCCCUACAAGAGAGACUUUGAGGCUAAACUGCGCAACUUCUACAGGAAACUUGAAACCAAAGGCUACGGCCAAGGACCAGGGAAACUGAAGCUGAUCAUCCGUCGUGACCACCUGCUGGAAGAUGCCUUUAACCAGAUCAUGUGCUACUCACGUAAAGACCUGCAGCGCAGCAAGCUCUACGUCAGCUUUGUGGGGGAGGAAGGGUUGGACUACAGCGGACCUUCCAGGGAGUUCUUCUUCCUGGUGUCCAGGGAGCUGUUCAACCCUUAUUAUGGUCUGUUUGAAUACUCCGCCAAUGACACAUACACCGUUCAGAUCAGCCCCAUGUCCGCCUUCGUAGACAAUCACCAUGAAUGGUUUCGGUUCAGUGGUCGUAUUCUGGGCCUGGCUCUGAUCCAUCAGUACCUCCUGGAUGCCUUCUUCACCAGACCUUUUUAUAAAGGCCUCCUGCGCAUUCCCUGUGACCUGAGUGACCUGGAGUAUCUGGAUGAAGAGUUUCAUCAGUCCCUCCAGUGGAUGAAGGACAACGACAUAGAGGACAUGCUGGACCUCACCUUCACUGUCAAUGAAGAAGUCUUCGGGCAGAUAACGGAAAGAGAGCUGAAGCCUGGUGGAGCCAACAUCCCUGUGUCUGAGAAAAACAAGAAGGAAUACAUAGAGCGAAUGGUGAAGUGGAGGAUAGAAAGAGGAGUGGUGCAGCAGACGGAGAGCUUGGUCAGAGGUUUCUAUGAGGUGGUGGAUGCCAGGUUUGUGUCUGUGUUUGAUGCCAGGGAGCUGGAGCUGGUUAUUGCCGGCACUGCUGAGAUUGACUUAUCAGACUGGAGGAACAACACGGAGUACAGAGGAGGUUACCAUGACAACCACAUAGUGAUCAGGUGGUUCUGGGCAGCAGUAGAGAGGUUCAACAAUGAACAGAGACUACGGCUUCUGCAGUUUGUGACGGGGACGUCCAGUAUCCCCUACGAAGGAUUUGCUUCUCUGCGAGGCAGCAACGGGCCACGCAGGUUCUGUGUCGAGAAGUGGGGGAAGGUCACCUCCCUGCCCAGAGCCCACACUUGUUUCAACCGCUUGGACCUGCCUCCGUACCCUUCUUUUUCCAUGCUGUAUGAGAAGAUGCUCACUGCCGUGGAAGAGACGAGCACCUUUGGCCUGGAAUGAAAUGUUCAGCUCGCUUGAUACGGGAUUAGAACCGAUCACUGUUGAACAGCUGAGGCUGAGGUACAUGGACCGUGGAGCUGCACCAUUUCCCUCGACAUGUCAGACAUUCCAAGACGUCAGGUUUCUAAUGGGUUUAUGUCUACAUGUAUUCCGGACAGAAGCUUACACCUUUGAUGUGAAAGACCUGCACUGCCUUUGGGACCAUAACCGCCUAGAUUGACCAAUUAGAAACCAGGACAUCUGUUCUUAACAUAAGAAGCAACCACUGCCUUCUCUGCAAAAGCGAUGUGGAGCAUCUUAUUCAAGAUUGGUGGGAACUUUGUCCUGAACUGUGGACUUCAGCAAUGCACUUGUAGUAGUACAGCACCCCCUUGUGGCCUGUUGUUGUAACUGCUCUGUCAGUGCUUUUUUUUUUUUUUUCUUUUAGGGGAAUGCGGAUGUAGCCUUUUGCUAAUGAUGAUGAACUUACACUAAAGCAGAUUUCAGAGUUGCAGCAGACAGUGUGGUCUCGUUGUUACAGUUUUUUUUUUUCAACUUUAAGAAUAAUUGAUUUUUUUAAUGACGUGGCAGUGACAUGUUGUGAUUCGAAUGUACCUACAGUAGCUGUAUGUGGGGCGUGUUUUUCUACUAGAUUUGAAUCAGCUAUAACCAUUGCUUAAGUUAAUAAUUUGAUGAUUAGAUAAUGUAUCAGCAGCAUAUCUUACUUAACUUGUAUUUGUUACUAGCUUUGAUCCAUUUCCAUACACUGAAACUAACCCCAAGGUCAAAAUUAAACUCAAAUUAAAAAGCAAAUUGAAUGUCAAGGAAAACGGUGGCACAUGAUAGUUACUGCAUGACAUUAUGCACUUCUUCUGCAGGUGAAUCUUAAACAUAGUGUUAAAAGGUUGGGAAGACCUAAGGGUGAAGUCUCCCAUAUAUUAAUACUUCCUAUGUCCCAAAUUUGAACACAUUAGCUUGAAAUCCCCAAUUUUCUGUUCCAAGGGGUUCUAUAAUUAAUGCUAAAACACAAAAUGUAGACCAUCUGUGUUUUGGAUAAGAAAAAUAGUUAAAUUUGAAAUAAACUGAUGAUGGGACUAUAGUUUAUGCAUUCAUACGGUCUCAGGAUCAAUAGUAUUUUAGAGUAAUCCAUAAAAUAGUUACCGGUGUGUUUUAUUUUAGAUCAAAGUGGUUUAACUCGGAAAUGCUGCCCUCCCUAAAGCUGCACUGUGAGCACGGCUAAAAAACACAAUGCAUCAGUUUAGUUUCGACACAGACGAUGACAGACAUUAUUUGAGCAUCAUCCAUUUUCUCAAAGUUCCUAGCCUGUUCCAGCUUAGGUUACACAGUGGUGACAAAAGAUAUUCACUGUUUCAGGAACAAAAAGGCUGAUAAGCCUCACAUUAGGGAGCUGGCAGCUGCCACCACCUGUGCCUCUUUUCUGGUCUGUCUCUGUGGCAGAGACAGAUCCAGAGAAACGUUUCAACAAGCUGAUGUCAAAAUAAUCAGGUGAUUUUAAACUGCCACAUUAAUCUUGCAGAGAAUCAGCCUGAGAUGUGUAAUAAUGCAGAAGGUUACACAGCGGUUUCCACAUAUAUUCGCUGAGGAUAAAAAGACUAAUUUUCGUGAACUCGUAUUUAUAAAACAAAAUUUGUAUACGCAUUUUAAUUUCCUUGAAACAAGUCUCCCAUUAAGAGUUAAUCUCCAGUAGUAACACCAGUAGUUGAAAUGUUGUUAAUUUCUUGAGGGUAUUUAGUGAAGAUCACAUGACCACACAGUGAGUAGUUAUGUCCUCAGAGGAAAGCAUAACAAUUUAGUAUAAGAUUUGAAAAAGGACCAUUUCUGUUUAAAUCCUAUACAUGUGUUAGAACACCUCACUGACAUUCUUUUUCACACUAUGAAUGUAAGCAUGUGUUGCACUACCACAGUAAACUCCUACAUGCUGCCCACGUUUGAGGCGAGUUCCAUAUUUCCUCGACAAAUAGGAAAACUGAUUGUUUUCUGCAUCUUAAAAGGGCAAAUUCAAUAUUUAAAUAUUAACGGAUUAACAAAUACUCUAAACAAAAGAUGACUGUAUAGAUGACUAUAAUACUGCAGCAUAUUUGUGAAAAUGACAAGAUGACACAUUCCAUGCCAAGGCAGGUUAUAUCCAUCAUCUAUUGAAAAGUUACCCACUGUUGAGAAUGAACCAUUGUUUUUGUGUGAAGUUAACACUUGAAACUACUACCUUUUUGUAUGUGCAAAGUCUGAUUGUUAUUAUGAAUUAUUAUUCUCAUUGAAUGCACUGCCCAAUGUCUGUCUAACCAAAGGUUUGAGCCUCAACCAGCUGCCUCACAUUUAACACUCUGUACAGUGCACCUCACUUUUGAAUAUGAAUGUUUUGUCAGCACCCAUCUUCUACAAUAAAAUGUUCAUCUCUCUA